UAUUUUUUCUAUUUGCAGUUUGGUCUUCCAUCAUGCGCGAACACCCGAGUUCAACACUCGUUACCACCCGCAAACCCUUGCCAACACCACCAGAUUCCUCCAUCAUAAUCCUAACACAUCAGAAGACGGCCAAUACAGCAGCCCCCUCAUUUGCCAACGCUGCAGCCGCCGCCUCCUCCACUACAACCAACAGCCAAAAUCCACUCUUCGACAGCGAUGCUGAUCACAAGCACAAAUUUGCCUGGGACAUGGACUUCGCCUACGGUUAUCCCGUCACUCAAACAACAGUCAAUCAGAAGCCUCACGCCGAGACUUUUCUCAGCGGUCCGCUUGUCUUCCGCGUUCGCCCUGAUGGCACUCCAGUCGAGGAAGAUCAGCACAAGCCUCUGCCACGCGAUGAAGAUUUGGAGGCUUAUCAAUUGAGUAGCGCUGCGGCUGGUAGGGGGGGUGCCGCUGCCUCCACAGCAGCGCCAGCCGUCAGUGGCCAGCCUAAGCAUCGCAAAAUUGCUAUGAUCAGUGAUCUUAAGCAGCAGCACUUGGCUUCGAUGGCGUUGCAUCGUGAUUUGCAGCCACCUUACCAACAGCAACUGCGCAUCCGUCGGCAGCAGCAGCAGCAACAGCAAAACGUGGCCGUAGCUGGGCGUGCGUUCCCAUUUGGCGGUUACUACUACGCUCAGGGCCAAGCGUAAAAAUCUAUCAGUAAACGUAAACUUCAGAUAGAAUAGAACUGAAGUGAGAAUAUUUCUAAACACACAAAAA